UGAGAUCCUCACCGAAUCUCUACUUCUAAUCCAUUAAGUUCGAAGAACCAAAUCUUUAAAAUUUGAUACAUUAUAAUUUUUAAAUAAACCUGUUUGUAACGGAUAGAUUAAAUUUUAACGCGCAGCUCCAGAAAAUCCCAGAAAGAAAAUCCAUGACUCACACUUCGACUCGACUCUGUAUUAUACUGUAUAAUCUGUAUGGCCAUCACCGGCAGCAUAUGUUCAUCACCAAACCAACAUCCAACUCUCCCAACACUUCCACUCCCACCAAUCCCACCACUCAAAACCCACCACCCUCUCCAACUCCACUUCCCUCCUCCCUCUUCCUCCUCCAAAUUUGGCGCCAACUGGGUCUCCAAUGACGCAUUGGUCAUUGCAGCCACGGCCGAGGCGCUGGCACUGGCCCGGGCUGCCGUGGUGGCGGCCAGAGAUGCUGCAGCGGUGAGGGAUGAGAUUGUGGAGGCUUGGAGUUGUAGGGAGAGUGGGAAUGGGAGUGGUGGGUUGGUGGUGAGGAGGAAGAGGAGGAGGAAAAGGAGAAAAGGGUUGGAGGGUUUGGAUGAGGAGAGGGGGAGGGGUGUUGGAGAUGGAAAGUUGUCGUUUGGGUUUGUGAGAUGUGGGCAUCUGAACCCAAAAGAAGAAGCUGAACGCUGUCUCAGUCUCAAGGUACUAAUUUUCCUUGGUUCUUUUAUGGCAAAUUUGUACUGGUAAGUUUUAUACAAAAACCCAACAACGCUAAGUUUUAUACAAAAAUGCUUAUGCUAUGUUUCGAGAUGGAAUUUGCAAGUACUUGGAUGUAGGUUAAAUUGGUUUAAAAUGCACUGCAGAAGAUUUGGUUUGAGAUGAGUAAAUACGGUACUUUUAAAGGGAAUGCAUAUGACUACUUGAAAGGAGUCGUCAUUUGUGAAUCAUCACGUACCGCAUUUCAAAUCCCUUCAUCUAAUGUUUUGUGAUUCAUUUGUAUCUAAUUUACUUGAAAGUUUGGUACUUGUAAAUUCCUCAUCAUUCAAAUGUAGCCUACAACGCGCCCAAUUAAAGAAAAAGCCCUUUGUGUUAGCCAUCUGCCAUGUUCGAACUGAUUCUUACUGCACGAACUUCCUUUAGUGUCUCUGCUGUUGAAAAGUAGUGUGUUUUUGAAGUAUAGACUUGAAGUGUGUUUCUCUAAGGUGUAAAGUUGUUAUGCGCUUACAUGUGAAAAGCCUAACUGCCAUUUAGUUUCUCUACGGUGUUAUUUAUGGGUGUUCUUCUGUUUCUCGAUUUAGACUACUGCAUAUUGUUAUGAAUCAUUGGUUGCUCCAAUUUGAGUUUGGAGAAUGGUUGGUUGGGUUCAAUAUUUGAGAUAGAGAUGGUUUAGUU